AAUCGUGGUCAUUUUUAUAUAAACAAGAAAUUUAAGGAAUUAGUAGUGUAGUAAUAUAUAGACUUGUGGCAAUAUAUAUAUAUAUAUAUACUCGAUGCCUUAAACAAACCACUUUGAUAAAAAGAGGAACUAGAGCCUUUUCGAUCAUUCUAAUUAAUUUAUCGUUGAUUAAUUUACAAGGCCAUUAACAUCAAAAUUUAUGUAUAUUUACAUAUAAUAAAAAUUUUGCAUUGGUCAUUAUGCAAGUUAAUCAAAUUAAUCGAAGCUUGCUCGAAGUGACCUUCAACAUAGAGAAACGAGAGAAAUUUACAUGACCUAAAUAUCUGGUUAUCGUCACGUCGUUGCCGUUAUAAAUUGCAUCCGGUAUAUUGUAGAUGAAGGGAACGUAGAUUAUGGGAAUCGAACGAAAUUAUUGGAUUGACAAACUUCACGCGAUCUUUUCGAUCGAACUCGUGACUCGUAACAAUGAUUCUUCAGCGUAAGAUGAUAUGUUAUUGUGCUCGCCGAUCGCAGCGUAUGCCAAUGAUGAUGUGUCAAUGUUAUAUAACUCCAUCAUGAUACAUGUAUCGUUAUCUGUCAUCCUUGAGUCGCGUUAAGGUCAGUAUAUCCUCUGUUAUCACAGGGUGAGGUUGUCAAUUGAACUGCACUGCCACUGAUUUUUGUAAAACUUAGCUGGUAUAAAAACAGCUUAUACGAUUAUAUUCUAGUAUUGCGCACUAAAUAAUGGCAAGCAAAUCUUGGAAUGUUUUGGUGACGGGAGGUGCUGGGUAUAUUGGUUCUCAUACAGUUUUGGAAUUAUUACAAGGAGACCUUCAGGUGGUAGUAAUUGAUAACUGUAGCAAUGCAUAUAAAGACUUAAAUUCUGAGAAACCAGAAUGCCUCCUUAGAAUAGAAAAAAUGAUAAAUAAGAAUAUUCCAUUUAUCAACUGUGACAUCACAAACAUUAAUGAUUUAAGAAAUGUAUUUCAGAAGUAUACUUUUCAUAGUGUUAUACACUUUGCUGCAUUGAAGGCAGUUAGUGAAUCAUGUCAAAAACCACUCGAGUACUAUAAGACUAAUGUCAGUGGAACAAUAAAUUUAUUAGAAGUUAUGCGAGAGAACAAUAUAAAACAUUUUAUUUAUUCAAGCAGUGCUACAGUUUAUGGUGUACCUCAGCAACUUCCUUUAAUGGAAGAUAUGAAAACUGGCAAUUGCACAAAUCCUUAUGGGAAGACAAAGUUUAUGGUUGAAGAAAUAUUAAAGGAUUUGUGUAUAUCAGACAAGGAAUUUUCUGUUAUAUCUUUGAGAUAUUUUAAUCCUGUUGGCGCACAUCCCUCAGGUCAAAUUGGAGAAGAUCCUAAUGGAAUACCAAAUAAUUUAAUGCCUUAUAUCGCACAAGUCUCUGUUGGAAAAAGGGACACAUUAUAUGUUUAUGGUAAUGAUUAUGAUACACCUGAUGGCACAGGUGUGCGUGACUAUAUUCAUAUUAUGGAUCUAGCAAUAGGACAUGUGAAAGCCAUAAUUUAUCAAAAAACUCAUAAUCUAAGAGGAUUUAAGCCGAUAAAUCUCGGUACUGGAAAAGGCUAUUCUGUGCUUGAAGUUAUACAUGCAUUUGAAAAAGCAUCUGGAAAGAAAAUCCCGUACAAAAUAGUUGAACGUAGGCCAGGUGACAUAUCUGUUAGUUAUGCGGAUGCUAGUAUCGCGAAUAAAGAAUUGAAUUGGGUUGCAACAAAAAAUAUGGAUGACAUGUGCUUAGAUACAUGGAAAUGGCAACAAAAUAAUCCAAAUGGAUAUAAAAGCUAAUAAGCAUUAUCUAUUAUGUUUAAUUGACUUAAGCUUGGAGAUAUUACAUUUUACCUUUCAUAUAUUGUCAGAAAGAUGAAUGAAAUCCUGGUGGUAUAUAGUUACCAAAUAUAUUACCAAAGUUUAAACCAAAGCACAUAUAAGUAGUUAUUUAUCUUAUAUCUGCUAUAUUAAAUGAAUUUGAUAUGAAGAUGAUGAAAGUUUAAAAAUCUUAAGAUUUAAGAAGAUAUUUUAUUCAGUACCUGGUACAACGGACAAUUUUACUGAAUAUUUUAACAUUUAAUUACAUGUAUACAAUUAAAUUGUAUCAUUGCAUUACUGUGACAUUUUAAAUAAUUGCAAAGCGGGACUCCGAUAACUAUGAUACUUUUCCAAAUAAAUAUUUUUAUCAA